UGGGUUAGAAUUAGGAUAAUUGGGUGGGAUUGAGAGUUUGCGCGUUUUCUGUUCUGCUCAUCUCAUUCUCAACCCCUUUCCUUACUCUUCUUCAAAUUUAUUGCUUUUACUACAUUCCUCUUCUAUCUCUCUCGCCCAAUUCAUCUUACUGCACAACACUAGAGGAAUCGGAGCUCAGCCAUGUCGCUGCGGCCGGGCAGCAGGGCGGAGGUGCGGAAGAAAGGCUACAAGACAGGCGUCGACGCCGACGAGGCGCGGCGGCGGAGGGAGGACAAUUUGGUCGAGAUCAGGAAGAGUAAGCGGGAGGAUAACCUUCUCAAGAAGCGCCGCGAGGGUCUUCUCAAUGGAACCUUUCCCCAGCAGACGCCCCUCUUUACUCCCGAUCCGUCACAAUCCCCUGCCGCCGUCGAGAAAAAAUUAGAAAGUAUACCUUCAAUGGUGGAAGGAGUGUGGUCAAAUGAUACAAAUGCUCAACUGGAGGCAACUACUCAGUUCAGAAAGCUUUUAUCAAUUGAGCGAAGCCCACCUAUUGAUGAGGUGAUUAAAGCUGGAGUUAUCCCAAGAUUUGUUGAGUUCCUUUCAAGGCAAGAUUUGCCUCAGCUGCAAUUUGAAGCUGCAUGGGCUUUGACAAAUGUUGCUUCUGGAACAUCUGAACACACACGAGUUGUUAUUGAUCAUGGUGCUGUACCUAAGUUUGUAGAACUCCUCAGUUCUGCCAGUGAUGAUGUUCGUGAGCAGGCAGUUUGGGCACUUGGAAAUGUUGCUGGCGACUCUCCAAACUGUAGGGAUCUUGUUCUUGGGCAUGGUGCUCUUAUGCCACUGCUAGCUCAGUUAAAUGAUAACUCAAAGCUCUCUAUGCUAAGAAAUGCUACAUGGACACUGUCAAAUUUCUGUCGCGGGAAGCCACCUACUCCAUUUGAGCAGGUAAGGCCUGCAUUGCCCGUUCUACGACAACUUAUUCAUUUGAAUGAUGAGGAGGUUCUGACUGAUGCUUGCUGGGCUCUUUCCUAUCUGUCUGAUGGAACAAAUGACAAAAUCCAAGCUGUGAUUGAGGCAGGUGUCUGUCAAAGGCUUGUAGAGCUCCUACUCCAUCCAUCGCCCACUGUUCUAGUACCUGCUCUUCGGACUGUGGGGAAUAUUGUCACUGGCGAUGAUGCUCAGACACAGUUUGUAAUAGACAAUCAAGUGCUCCCUUGCCUCCAGCAGCUGCUUACUCAAAACCAUAAGAAAAGCAUAAAAAAGGAAGCUUGUUGGACGAUCUCUAAUAUCACUGCUGGUAAUAGAGCUCAAAUUCAGGCUGUUAUUGAGACGGGCAUCAUUCUGCCAUUGGUGCAACUUCUUCAACAUGCCGAGUUUGAAAUAAAGAAAGAGGCUGCAUGGGCCAUCUCAAAUGCAACCUCUGGUGGAUCUCCAGAGCAGAUUAGAUUCUUAGUGACUCAAGGUUGUAUUAAGCCACUGUGCGAUCUCUUAAUCUGUCCAGACGCAAGGAUUGUUACUGUAUGCCUGGAGGGACUUGAGAACAUUUUGAAGAUAGGUGAGGCUGAUAAAGAAAAUGGCCAAAAUGGUGGAAUCAAUAUAUAUGCACAAAUGAUUGAUGAUUGUGAAGGACUGGACAAAAUAGAGAAUCUCCAGAGCCAUGACAAUAAUGAAAUAUACGAAAAGGCUGUGAAGAUACUAGAGAAGUACUGGGUCGAGGAAGAUGAGGAUCAAAAUCUGGCUGAUGGUGCGGAUGCAAAUCAGGGAGAUGGAGGCUUCAGCUUCGCCAAUGGCAAGCCAAAUGUUCCUCCUGGAGGCUUCAACUUUGGUUGAAAAGGUUUUAUCAAGUGCCUCCUGAUUUCAAGUUUGCUUAUGUUUUUCGAGUUUCAAACUUUGUCUAUGUGUCUGUUUCUGUUCUUGUUUUCGUCUGUCAUAGUUUUUGGUCUCACAAAUCGUAUUUUGGAUUGUUGGAAGUGUAAGCUUGCUUUGUAGUCCUUUUUACAUUUAGGUGUAGUCAUUUCAAGUCUCGAGGGAUAUUGCCAAGCUUCGUUGUUUUUUGUAUUUUUGUGAUAGCAUUGAUAUAAGAAUGGGGUAAAAUUGUUGUAUGAUACUGAUAUAUAUAGAUACUUUUCAAACA